GUGCCGUACCACAUAUCAUUUUUACGCCUGUAUUCAGAAUUAGGAUUUGUUUUGUUUGUAUUAAUAAAUUCAAAUUAAAGUUAGAAAUAAUUUCAUCUUUUAUACAGAUUUAUAUAUUUUUUAUUAAGUUAUCUUAAUUGGUUGCAAAGUAGUGCUCUUUGUCUUUCUCUUUUGUACCACUAUGAACUACUGCAUGCAGGAGAUGUACCAUGUCCACCAUACCACAGGUAGUAAUUUCCCGGUGCAGCCAAUUGACUACUACAUGCACACAGAUGAGAGCCAGGGUUACAGCAGUUGUGAUGCGCAGCUUCUACAUAAUAAUGCAUGUAUGGAACAGGCCUGGGUAACGAAUCAGCCUUAUAUCUCUAGUUACCCUGGAAACGUGUUGAAAAGUGAGUUCUGUAACAUGGACAUGGCCUUGAAUCACUAUCAGCAGACAGAGUAUUUCGCAGAUGGAAAAGCUGAUUUUUCUCACAUUCAGUGGACGCCAGGGUCACCAAAAAAAGGGUACAUACCAAGUUAUUUGGAUAAGGAUGAGUUGUGUGUUGUGUGUGGCGAUAAAGCUACUGGGUAUCACUAUCGCUGUAUCACCUGCGAAGGCUGCAAGGGAUUUUUCCGGAGAACCAUCCAGAAAAACCUUCAUCCAUCUUAUGCCUGCAAAUACGAGGGAAAAUGCAUAAUAGACAAAGUCACAAGAAACCAGUGCCAGGAAUGCCGUUUCAAAAAAUGCAUUGCAGUUGGCAUGGCAACAGACUUGGUUUUGGAUGACGGCAAGCGGUUAGCAAAGCGAAAGCUGAUAGAGGAAAACCGGGAGCGCAAACGCCGUGAUGAGAUGCAGAAGACCGUUUGGAGCAAGCCUGAUCCCAGCCAGGAGGAGUGGGAGCUGAUCCGAGUGGUGACAGAAGCACACGUGACCACGAACGCACAAGGAAGCCACUGGAAACAGAAACGGAAAUUUCUGCCCGAGGACAUUGGGCAGGCUCCAAUAGUGAAUGCACCAGAAGGAAGCAAAGUGGACAUAGAAGCCUUCAGUCAGUUUACAAAAAUCAUCACCCCCGCAAUCACACGUGUGGUGGACUUUGCCAAAAAACUGCCUAUGUUCUGCGAGCUGCCAUGUGAAGACCAGAUAAUCCUUCUGAAAGGCUGCUGUAUGGAAAUCAUGUCCCUCCGAGCAGCCGUGCGCUACGACCCAGAGAGUGAGACGUUAACCCUCAAUGGGGAGAUGGCUGUGACCAGGGGGCAGCUGAAAAAUGGAGGCCUUGGCGUAGUGUCGGAUGCGAUCUUUGACCUCGGCGUGUCGCUCUCCUCUUUUAACCUGGACGAUUCAGAGGUUGCUUUGCUUCAGGCUGUAAUUCUGAUGUCUUCAGAUCGGCCUGGUCUAGCAAGUGUGGAGAGAAUUGAAAAAUUCCAAGAACAGUUUCUUCUGGCAUUUGAGCACUACAUAAACUAUCGCAAACACAACGUCUCUCACUUCUGGCCCAAACUCUUGAUGAAGGUGACAGACCUGCGCAUGAUUGGAGCGUGCCAUGCCAGCAGGUUUCUGCACAUGAAGGUGGAGUGCCCUACAGAACUCUUCCCUCCGCUCUUUCUGGAAGUGUUCGAGGACUGAGAGAGAACAAGUGGAAUAAAGAAAUAAAAGUCUGCUUUGCGAUAAUCUUUCUGAACUGCUUUUAGCACUACUGAAUGUUAUUUCUUUCCAUAGUGUAGGAUAGUUUCUGUCAAGACGUGGAUGAAAACAUUCCUUCAAUGCGGGUACAUGUGAAUAUAGAGUUUCUCUUGUAUAGUAUUUGUUGCUAACUAAUUGUGAUUUUUUUUUUUUUUUUUUUUGGUUUUGUAUAGUCUUUGAGUAGUAAUUGUCAUCACAUAUGUGGUCAUCAGAAAAAGCUGAAAAUUAAAAAUUGUUAGCAUGUGGUUUGUGAAUUACCAGUAGAAACCCACAAAUUAUGCAGAUGUUUUUAACAUGUCAAUCUGCCCUAUCAUUCCACCUCCAUUCAACCCUUAUUCACACUCAAAAACCUUUCCUAUUUGCACAAAUACAGACAAAAAACACUGUUUUUAUGAAUACACAUACUAAGUGUGUACCAAAAAAGCCAUAUUGUCCCUGUUUCUAGUAACUGCUAGAAAACUAGAUAACAAAACCUGUUUGCAACAGAAACCCUGAAGCAAAUUUCUUUUUAAUGCAAGUAGUGAAGAAAUAUUUAGUCUUCUCUAACUUUAGAAAGCAGUUUGUGAAUCUUUUUCUUUACAAGAACUGUAGACAUGCAGUUAUUUUAUUAUCAACCAUUUGAAUGAACUAUGGAAUUAAAGUAAACGUGUAUUUUGCUUAUUGCUAAAAUACUAAAAUAUGAUGCUUUAUGGUGCCAAAUAUGGGUGGUGUGAAUAUUUUAGCUCCUAAAAACACAUUUAUGCACACUGGCCCAGGUGGUGUGCUAUGACCUGUUUUAUUAAAAAGGUCUCAUUGCUUGUUUAAUCAGCCACAAUGUAACAGAAGAAUACACAGUUCAGUUUAUUAUUGCUCAUGUAUAUUAGUGUGUCUGCCGAUCACUACUUGCCAGAAAACCUUGAUGCAGCAGAUUGUUAAUAUUCAUGUCAGGAACUCUAAAUUCCACGUGUCAUAUUUUUCUAAAUGUAUGAAUCAUGGAUUUAUUAAGGCAGAGCUUCUGCCAGUGCUGGAUUUUGUUAUUCUAUCAUUAUUCAAGAUUGCUUGUUUUGAGAAGUCUGAGCUACACCUGACCUAGAAAAUCUAUUUUAACCAGCAAAGCAUGGCUAAAGUAAGGGCAUAAUAUACUGUACGUUGGGUUAACAAAGCACUCUGCAGCUACAUUUUUAUAUCAAAGAUGUAGCCUUUUUUGUCCAGCAAAAUCACCCUAUGCAUUUUAUUAAAUCAAAUAUAGCAGGUUUUGGGAUUUAUAAGCAGGCAUUAUCUGGCUGCUGACAAAGUCGAUUUCUUUAGCUCACUGAGCACAGUUGCUGUGUUUAACUCCCAAGGUCUGCAGAACUGAUGGCUGCUAUUGUAAUAUUGCUCUGUUCUAAGAAUGAAAAAAUGGUUAGCCUUGUGUGGUUUUCUACCAUGUCUGCUUACAUUUAUUCCUAAAAGCCGCUUCUGAUUUACGUUUAAUUGAAGAAGCCUUUUUAUAGCAGUAGAACAACAUUAUUUAGAAUGUUCACAGGCAACUGCGCACACAUGUUUUAAUGCAAAGACAAUCGGACAGUAAAACUAAGAGGUGGGUCACAAGGUUAAAUGUAACCAUAAAAUGUAAUAUAUAUUUAUAUAGCAAAUGUAAAAAAAAAUAUUUAGGUAUCAGUGAUGUAAUGCAUGUGUUGAAUUGUUGAUUAAAGAAUGUUGUAUAUUUUGGAUAAAAAAAUGUUUAAAAGGCCAAUGUGAGUAUUAGCUUUUAAAGCAUUGAGUUACUCAAAAUAUUCAAAAUACACCAUUAAAAAGCUAUUUUACAAUAUUGAGGAUAAAGGUUUGUAUAUUUUCCAAAGCAGAAGUUAUUUUCUACAGAUAUUUUAUGCAUAUAAUGGGCUCUUCAAUGAGACAAAAACAAUCUUUUCAUGAGGUUUUAGUAUAUGAACACUAUACAGUUCAGGUACUUGUUCAGCUUAAAUUCAUCAAUAUUUGUUUCCAAUCUUUUAGCAUGUCAGAAAAAAAAUGAGUAUUGUACAAGGCUUAUCGAAUAUUGUUGGUUUUCAAAAAAGUAAUAACAAAUUGACAGCUGUGAGGCUUGCAAGGAUCAAAACUAACAAAAUUGGGAUUAAGAAUCACAUUGUGUAACAACAAAAAGUUAAAACAUUGCACAGGAGGAUAAUCUGAGAUACAUGGCUCUACCAACUCCUUACAGAAACCCUUGGAUUUUACUAGCCAUAAAAUUGAGAUCCAGUUUCGCAAAACAGCAAUCCUAAUAUUUAAGUGUAAAUUAUAAAUACUCACAGUUUUGUACCAAAUUAAAAACACUGUUGCACAGGCAUGGUUUACAGCAUUGUUAGAAAUGAGUAAACACUCAAAUGUUGUGACACAUACCUGAGGUUAAACAGUUAAGUAGAACGUUGCACUAUUAAGAAUUCUUUGUUUGCACUUAAAUGUAAAUUGGCUGUGAAAAUAAAGAUGGAUUGGAAAACA